CCCAAGUCGCGGAGAGCAAUCACGAUACCACGCGCCCAUCUCUAGCUGCUCGAAUGUUUAACAACAAGAAUUUUCGAUAUAUUUGGCAACUCUGGUUGAGCUGAAUAACAACAAGAAACCGCUGCAUAAAUAUAGCUGCAAAGCGCGCAUCAAACGCAAAUGAUUGUGUUCAGAAACUGUGCAGUCCUCCUGGUGAUUGCUUCAAUAUGCAGUUUCUUCUACGGCAUUGGACAUAUUCAUGUCGAGGUGGAGCCCAACGCCUGUCGAAUGACAUACAUGUUUGGUGAGCCAAGAUUUGCACGCGUCAGAUUUAGUGCCAACAAACAGUUUCCCAAUUAUGGUCUAUAUUACUACUAUGAAGGUGUGCGUCAGACCCUGGAUCCGCUCAAGAUGCGCAUGACUGGCGCACCGGUGAUAUUUGUGCCCGGCAAUGCCGGAUCCUACAAGCAGGUGCGCUCCCUGGCGUCGGUGGCGUUGCGGAAGGCACGCGAACAUCCCGAAGCAGGCAUACAUCUCGACUACUAUACGAUUGACUACGACGAGGAGCUGUCGGCGGCCUAUGGCGGUUAUAUGUACCAUCAGCAAUCAUUUCUCAAGCACUGCAUACGGACAAUUGCCGCGCUGUACAGCCAGACCAGCCCGAUUGUCCUGAUCGGACAUUCCAUGGGCGGCAAGCUGGCGCAAUCGGUGCUGACGGAUACUGAAAUUGGGCAGCACAUAAAUGCAAUUAUAAGCAUAUCGACGCCACUCGAUCAGCCAGUGCUCAAUUUGGAUGCGCAUCUGGACCAGUUCUAUAGGGAAACACACGAGGUACUCAGCCGCACACGCACCGCCACACGGCCGUCGAUCGAAACAAAUGUGUGCCAGAGCUUGCACCAAAAACCGCCCAGCGAACAGAGCAUGGCCAGCCAGAAGUUGUCCGCUAAGCUGGACAAUGUGCUGCUCAUUUCCACAGGCGGUGGCAAUCGUGAUCUGCUGGUGCAGGCCGGCCUGACCACCUCGCAGUUCAAUGAUCUGCAUGCCAUGACCUCGGCCAUACCGCGCGUAAGCCUCAGCUGCGAUCAUUUGUCUGCCGUGUGGUGUCUGCAGUUCAUGCAGGUCAUCAAUCGUUUCCUGUUCAGCAUUUCCCAGCGUCGGGACGAUGGCACCGUCAUCUUUAGCAGCAACAAACAGCGCAAUAUGCAAUCCGCUGUGGCGCAUUUUGUGAAGCCGAGGAUACGGCAGCAGAGCUUGAUGAAACUGCAGACGCACAGCGAUUGGCACGAGGAGCGUCGCCUGGUCAUUAACAAAUUCUUUGCCAAUGGCCUGAAGAGUCAUUAUUAUGAGCUGAUCGGCAUAAAGCGUCAAGAGCGUUUCAAGAAACUUGCUAUUGAGGCUUUGAAUGUUGAGAGCGAUGAGAAUUGGCUGUUUGGCUGCGAGUCACAUAGGCACAACGACACCGAAGAAAACUACUGCGAAAAGGCCACACCGCUAACCCAUCUCAUCCAGCGUCUGCCCAAUGCAGAAAGCGAUCCGCGCAGCAUUGCAGUCCUCGAUUUGCACAAUCUACGCAAAACGUAUCAACAGUGGACGCAUUUGCUGUUGCGGCUGCCGCCGGGCAGCAAGCGCACCGGCUACAAUCUGGACAUAUACGAUCCCAAGGAGCGCAUCCUGGACAUACGCAUGCCGCGCUGGUAUGCCUAUGGUAGACGCACGGUCGUCAACGAAACUCUGCAGGGCACACUACACUAUCGUCUGCGCAUUGCCGAUCUGAUCGAGCCGUAUCAGGGACUGCGCAUCUAUAUUGAACCGGAGCAGUGUCUGCAGCCCAAUUAUCGCAUCACAGCCAGAUUGUGUGUGCCCUGGGCCGCUGGCUUUGACCGCUAUCAGACACUGACCUCACCGGAUCAAAAGCCCGGCCUGUAUGUUAAUGUGCCCACACUGAUGCCCAGGCAUUAUAAUACCACAUUGAAUCCAGUUAUGCUGGACCUGUUCCUGGAUCCCAUUUGUCGCUAUCGCAUUAGCUAUGAAUUUUCCUAUGCGGAUGCCUUGUCGCGUAUUGUGCUGGAGUUUUAUGGCUGGUUGCCGGCGCAUUUAGUUUGUGUGCUGUUGAUUGUGCUCCGAAAGCAAUUGGACAAGUUCCAGGAGGCGGGCAGCUUCAAGAGUCUCAGGCCCUACAUCGGUUACUUCCAGUACACAUCGCUCUACUUGGUGACAGGUUGUCGGCUGUUUAAGAAACUAAUACUCAAUUUAAAUCUCUUGCCGAUCCCGGAGAAAUUGGAUUACAGCAUAAAUAUAUCCAUUAUUAUACACUGCACGGCCAUUGGGCUGUCUAUAGCGGCCGCGUUGGCGGUUUGGCUGGCCCUAACGCUCUAUGGCAAUGCAUUUCAUCGCUUGGCGCUGCGUCUGACGCGCCUUUCCACAUCCAGCUCUAACAUAUUGCUCUCCAUUAUGACGCAUCUGCCCAUCACGUAUGGCAUCUUGACAAUCGGCGUUGCGUUGGGCGCCUGCAGCGGUCUGGCACUGUUAUUGGCCUUCUUGUUUUAUUUUCUAAUGUUAUCCAAUGCCUACAAGGACUAUCUGGAGGAUUAUUUGUGGCAAAAGGCGGCAAAUUUGGUGCACAUGGCCAUGGGCAGCGGCACCACAGAAACGGAUCAGUCCACAGCCAACAACGAGCAGUCGCUGAUGCCCAAUAAUGGCGAGAUCAGUUCGAAUGAAGAGCAGCACCAGCAGCCGGAUGAACAUAAAGCGGACAGAGAGUGCUGCGUGGGCCUGCAGAACUUUUCGUUUCACAUAACGCUACUGCUGAUGCUCCUUAUGCUGCUGCUGCUUAGCGCACCGGCCAGCUUAGCCUGGCUGCGCAGUCGAAGGCAUGGCAUUGUUCUUCCCGAUCCAUCUUUGCAUACCAACAUUGUCGCGCUCGGAUCACUCAGUCUGCUGCUACAGCUGCGUGCGCCGCAAAAAUUGCGUGGCUAUUGGAUGAUCUCCGUGUUAUUAUAUUUAUGCGCUGGCAUUGUGCUGCUCUACUGCCAGACGGCCAUAUAUCGUCUGAACUGUGUGAUUGCCGGCGCCUUCGCCCUGCUCGCCGUCCACCAGAGCCUGGAGAGGCUGUACCAUAGGCUGCGACAACAUUAAGGACAACAUUAACGGCAAGGAUAUUUAUGCAAAUCGUGUACUGUAUGAGCGUUAGGGCGUUUUUAAUUUGUUAUUUAUUUGUUGUUUAUAUUCUGUGUACCCGAUUUUGUUAUAGUUACGUAUUUUAUAUAUUUG